CGGGGUCGAAUAUGAUGGGAGAAAUGCGAUUAUCGGCGAGGAGUAGUCCAAGGAGCCAUGGAUAAAAGGCACCGGUCUUCUUUUGCGAAGUUGCCCUCUACUAUCACUAUUUUCCACUCCUGAGACUUUACUUCCAUCUUCCAGAACUAUAGUACAGACUCAAGUAAAUCCCCAGAACGAGGAAAACAGAAAAUGGCUUCUGCUCGUCGGCCUCCACCCGCAUACACGGCUCCCCCAGAUUCAGGGGUUUAUGCAAUUUCGCAAGUUUAUAGAUCCAUCUCCGAGACAGCAGCCGACCCUUCCCAGCGCGUCCUGGAGUCAUCGUUCACGAUCCGGCCAUGCUCCGGCCAAGCCUGGGUCGUCCCGGCCGGCCACAUCUGUCGUCUCACCACACCAAAGGGACCCCAAGUGGGUGACCUGAACAUCUGGAACGCAAACAACCCUCGUGAGCGUCUGUGGGCCGCACGUACCCGUCAGAUCCACGCCUCGCACGUGUCCGUCGGCGACCGUCUCUGGUCCAACCUGCCGUACCUGCGUCCUCUGGUGUCAAUUACCGGCGACUCCCUUGCUGGCGGACAGCUCCAUGAGGUCCUGGACGAAGAUGGCAAGAAGAAGGAAGGGAAGGGCUUCGGAACAACGCAGUUUGGCGGACGCGUCCACGACCUCCUGGGCACCCGCUGCGAUCCCUACGUCAACCUCGUGAUGGGCGGGGAGAGCUUCGACUUCCACUGUCAUUCGAACCUCACUCGCGCGGUGGUGCCGUAUGGACUGAAUGAGCUCGAUGUUCAUGAUGUGCUCAACGUGUUCCAGGUGACGGGGCUGGAUGAGGACGGCAAAUAUUUCAUGGAGACCUCGCCCGCCAAGCCGGGAGAGUACUUUGAGUUCUUCGCGGAGGUUGAUGUUCUGUGCGCGCUUUCGGCGUGUCCGGGGGGUGACUUGUCGGAAUGGGGCUGGGAGGAGAAGGCGGAUAUGGGAGCCACCACUCGUCCUCUCGGGGUGGAAGUGUACAGAAUGGCUGAUUCCACUGCGUUGGAUGGAUGGAAACCACCCCAGUGUCCGAAAUAUCUGGGUGCACAUGGCAUGAAGAUGCCACAGAGAGAGGAUGACGGAACCGGGUAUGUUGGGCUGUGA